CUCACCAAAACAAGCUGAGUGCGUGCACCGACACGAGCGAGAGAAGGAGCUGGGAGCGGAGGAGACGUCGGGCCGCACAGAAAGGAGCCGAGGAGGAGGCGAAUGGACCGAGGCGCGCGGCGCUAAGCGAACGGCGGAAACGGCGGGUCUUCCACGGUGUUAAUGAUGGACCCUGACGGUGAGACAAAGAAGACGACCUCUUACCUCCCUGGCAGCCUCACCCAUGAGACCCAGAAACUGGCCCCACCCAGUGGACCAGGCUGUAGCUGGCUGGUGGGCGUCGCGGCCGUAGUGGCCUCCGUGAGUGGCCUGAUGCUGGGCUAUGAAAUGGGCCUGACCUCCGGGGUCCUGCUGCAGCUGCGCGGCCUCCUCUCCCUCUCCUGCCGGGAACAGGAACUGCUGGUCAGCUCCCACCUGUUGGGCGCGCUCCUCAUCUGCCUUGCCGGUGGACCCAUCCUGGAUCGCUACGGACGCCGCUGCUCCCUGCUGCUCAGCGCCGCCCUGGUGGUCGGAGGCACCGUUGUGCUCAUCGCUGUCGCCUCGCUCGUGGCGCUGACGCUGGGCCGCGUGAUAGUGGGCAUGGGAACAGCGCUGUCCGGGACGGCGGCGUGCCUGUACAUUGCAGAGAUCUCACCGAGGGAGAGGAGGGGUCUGCUGGUGACGCUGUACGAGCUAAUGUUAGUAGUAGGCGUGAUGCUGGGAUUCAGCUGUAGCUAUGCUUUUGCUACUCUACCUCAUGGUUGGGUGUAUACAUUUGGACUAGUUAUCCCGCCAGCAUUGCUGCAAAUGGGCGCUCUCGUGUUCCUCCCACCGAGUCCACGCUUCCUGGUUGCUCAGGGUAAAGCAGAGCUGGCCAAGGCAGUGCUGGCCAGACUGAGAGGCGGGGUCAGGGAGCAGGUGGAGGUGGAGCUCAGGGACAUCCAGGCUGGACUCAAAGAGGAAUCCGAGCAUAGUUUCUGGGAGCUGUUCAGCGAUAAGGCCAAUCUGCGUGCGAGGCUGCUAACAGGUGUAGCAUUGGUCUUCCUCCAGCAGGCUACUGGUCAGCCCAACAUCCUCUCCUACGCAUCACCACUCCUCCGCAGCGUAGGCUUCGACAGCGAUGCUGCAGCCACGUUGGCCUCCACCGGGUUCGGAGUGGUCAAAGUUGUAGGAACCAUCCCGGCAGUGUUGCUGGUCGACCGCCUGGGGCCUAAAAGCUUUCUGUGCGUAGGCGCCGUUGCGAUGGGAUUGUCUCUGGCUGUACUCGGUACAGUGACACUGCAAAGCCACACGUACCUCACCAGUCUGUGUAAAAGUCAGACUGUACAGAACGACACACAUGGGCCAUGGGAUUUUAACAGUACCUCAGUAGACUCGGACAACAGCCACUUCUUUUCUACUGGUUUCCCCAACCAGUGGAGCAGUGAGGAGGCACACAGGACCAUCAGAGCGGGGGACGCCGGAGGAGACAGGACUCCUGUCGAAGUGGCUUCCUCACUGAAGUGGGCGUCAUUGAUCAGCUUGUUGGUUUAUGUGGCAGCCUUUUCCAUUAGCCUUGGGCCGAUGGUCUAUGUGGUUCUCAGCGAGAUAUUCCCAAUGGGAAUCCGAGGCAGAGCUGUGUGUGUGGUGUCAGCAGUGAACUGGGCCACUAACCUGCUCAUCUCCAUGACCUUCUUGACAAUCACAGAAAAUAUUGGAGUUCCCAAUGUGAUGUUCCUCUACGCUGCCAUGAGUUUUGUUCUGUUGGUGUUUGUGAUCCUCUGUGUCCCUGACACCAAAGGUCGCACCUUGGAGGAAAUAUCAAAGGAACUGGCUAAAAAAAAGCGUUUUGAGGUGAAACUCUUCAGGCAGGUUCAACCUCAGGAGAGCCUGAUCAGCUGCAGCCCAGAGUCCAGCAAACAACUCACUCCUUCACCAGACAACAACUGAUUUGUUGUCUGUUAACACAAACAUCGUUUGGAGUAAACAAGGAUGAAAAAACAGUCACUCUUUUAAGAAUUCUGGGUACAGCUCAUGCAUCCACAUCUAUCCAUCCAUAUACUUACAGUUGGUACAUAGGUCUUUCUAGUUGAUUAUGCAUAAAUAUAUCAGGGUUGGUGGAAGUAAUACAUGUGUAGCUCAGGGGUCACUUCAUAGUUCAUAAAAACGAUGUUAAAAGGUAAAGAACUGGACUGGAUGUGUGGUUAUACUGUGAAAUAACCUAAAAAUGAAUUCCUCCUUUUUUUACUUGUACUUCACCGAAGCACACAGUCCAAGUGCAGACUGACAAUACUAAACUCAGUCUAGAAGGAAUAUCAUCAUUUAAGGUCUGCAGUAGAGGAUGUUUUCACUUCAGUGUCAAUGAUUCCAUAAUUGAUGGUAGUUAAUGUGGUACUGCUAUAAAGAGUUAUAAGGACCCGCUCACAGAACGCUCAACCUGUAAUGAGGAAAAACGGAUGACAGAUACUGUUUUAUCUUCAACUUUUAUUUUUAUACAAAAUACUGAUCAAGUGUCACAAAUGUCCACUUGACACUAGUUCAAAGUCCGCCCUACAUACAUAUAAACAGCAUGCCAACAUCUGUCCCACCAGAUACAUUUAUUAUAUACAUACGUUACCUUUACAGAUAAAGGUCAACGAUUAGGUUAAAACUAGGAUUGUGCUUACCUGGCAAAACACACUGUUGUUCCUUUAAUCAUUGCAACGGUUUGCCUCUGAGUUUGUGUUACUGCGUCCUGUGGCAAUUCCAUUUUCUAUCAGUAUUCUGGAAAGUCUGGUUAUAGCGUUUCAUACCUCAGUUUAAUAAUUUGGGUCUUGCAUUGCUUCAGAACUACUACUGCCCUGUUUAGUGAGGGACUCGUACUGUAGCUGUAUGAAGUGAAGGGUAACUUGGCUUAACACCAUCAAUUGAAAGAAAUAAAAUAUUCUAAACCAUUUAAAAGGUUUUCACGACUCUCAACAUUUACAACACUGAUCCCACCCCUCUACAUUACUGAAACAAAUACUCUCAAGUAAAAACUGUUACUAGGAAAUGUUUUAGAAAUGUAACAUGUGCACAUUCUCAUUCAGACACUAAAAACUGUAUAAUGAACUGACUAACUAAACUAUCAGUUAAAAUCAGAGAUGAAUGGAUAUUGUGAGCAGAUAUUCAUGUAUAACCACUUAAUAACCUGCUCUUACUUACAUGCAAAACAGUCCACUGGUUUGAAACUGAGUCUAGGGUUUUUUCUUUAGAUUAAAAUAUGUGCAAUUCAGUUGACGUCUUAUACUUGUGUUAACACAUCUAGAGACAAACCAUGGACAAACAUUCCCCCAGAUAAAGUGGCAAAUUGGACGAUUUGCUAAAUAUAGGGUUAAAGGUGAGGCUUCUCAGUGUUAACAAAGUUACUCUUAGCAACCUCUUAUACACUAAAAUGGUUACAUUGUUCACUUGCUGUACUCAUGCCAAAAUACCCAGAGCAAAUCACAAAUGAGAGCAGGGCUUUUCUGAAGUCGGGAAGACAUCUGCAUAUUUAGGCUGUUAAAUCACGAGAACCACCAAAUCCACAACAAUGCUGAAUCUGUAUGAAUCCAGCUGGACUUGUUGAGACUUCUGAAAAUUCCAUGAUCUAGGCGGUAUCUGCCCUGUUAGAUGAACUUGUGUAGCAAUUAGAGUCAAGCUAAUAAAUCCAAAGAUAAAGUGUC